AUGAAGCUAAAAGAACUUGAACGGCCAGCUGUCCAAGCGUGGAGCCCAGCCAGCCAGUACCCUGUGUAUCUGGCCACAGGAACAUCUGCCCAGCAGCUAGAUGCCUCCUUUAGCACAAAUGGCACAUUGGAAAUCUUUGAGAUUGAUUUCAGGGACCCCUCUUUGGACUUGAAACACAAGGGAGUCCUUUCUGCCUCAAGCAGGUUUUACAAGCUGAUCUGGGGGAGCUUUGGUGAUGGGCUUCCGGAAGGCUCCGGGGUCGUUGCAGGCGGCGGGGACAAUGGCCUGCUUACUCUAUACAAUGUGACCCACAUCCUGUCUUCUGGGAAGGACCCUGUGAUUGCCCAGAGACAGAAGCACACAGGGGCUGUCAGAGCCCUUGACUUUAAUCCUUUCCAGGGCAACCUCCUGGCCUCGGGGGCCAGUGAUUCUGAAAUCUUUAUUUGGGAUUUGAAUAACUUAAAUGUGCCAAUGACCCCAGGAUCUAAGUCACAGCAGCCUCCAGAAGACAUCAAGGCACUCGCUUGGAACCGGCAAGUUCAACACAUUCUGUCUUCUGCUCACCCCAGUGGCAAGGCAGUUGUGUGGGAUCUCAGGAAGAAUGAACCUAUCAUCAAAGUCAGCGAUCAUAGCAACAGGAUGCACAGCUCAGGCCUGGCCUGGCACCCAGACAUAGCCACCCAGUUGGUGCUGUGUUCAGAAGAUGAUCAUUUUCCAGUGAUUCAGCUGUGGGAUUUGCGCUUUGCCUCCUCGCCCCUGAAGGUGCUGGAGAGCCACAGCAGGGGGAUCUUGUCAGUGUCGUGGAGCCAGGCUGAUGCUGAGCUUCUGCUCAGUAGUGCCAAGGACAACCAGAUCUUGUGCUGGAACCUGGGGAGCAAUGAGGUAGUAUAUAAGCUACGCACACAGAGCAGCUGGUGCUUUGAUGUGCAGUGGUGCCCUCGGGACCCUUCAGUGUUCUCUGCUGCCUCCUUUGACGGCUGGAUCAGUUUGUACUCCGUGAUGGGUAGGAGCUGGGAAGUCCAGCAGAUGAGACAGGCUGACAAGAUCUCUUCUUCCUUCAGCAAAGGCCAGCCUCUCCCACUGCUGCAGGUACCAGAGCAAGUGGCCCAAGCAUCAUUGAUACCUCCUCUAAAAAAACCCCCCAAAUGGAUGAGAAGGCCAGCAGGUGUUUCAUUUGCUUUUGGAGGGAAGCUGGUUACCUUUGGCCUCCCCAGCACCCCUGCUCAUCAGGUGCCCCAGCCUUGCCUCCGCCUAGUCUUCAUCAGUCAAGUCAUCACAGAAUCUGAAUUACUGAGGCGGUCAGCUGAGCUGUGGGAGGCCCUGGAAUCAGGAAAUCUUCUGAAUUAUUGUCAGAACAAGAUCGAACAAACAUCACUGCAAAGUGAAAAGAUGCUCUGGCAAUUCCUGAAGGUGACCUUAGAGGAAGACUCCAGAAUGAAAUUUCUAAAACUAUUAGGAUACAGUAAAGAUGAGUUCCAGGAGAAGGUGGCCGCGGGUUUGAAGAGUGACUUGGGGCUGGGUGAGAGCCCUCAGGCCAAGGGACAUGAUCUCCACAGUAACAGACAGCAGGCUUUCUGCAGCCAGACCUCCGAACACAUCACAGAGGAAGCCUCUGCCUCCUCAUCCUUCUUUGAUGAGCUGGUCCCUCAGAAUAUGACUCCAUGGGAGAUCCCCAUCACAGAAGACACUGAUGGACUCCUGAGCCAGGCUCUCCUGCUUGGAGAACUACGCCCUGCUGUGGAGCUGUGUCUGAAAGAAGAGCGCUUUGCUGAUGCCAUCAUCCUGGCCCAGGCUGGGGGCGCAGAUCUGCUAAAGCAAACACAGGAGUGCUACUGGGCCAAGAAGAAAACCAGAAUCUCUCCGCUGCUAGCCUGUGUUGUACGGAAGAAUUGGGAAGAUAUGGUUUCUGCCUGUAGCCUGCAGAACUGGAAAGAGGCACUGGCCUUGCUACUGACAUACUCUGGGCCAGAGAAAUUCCCUGAGCUCUGUGACAUGCUGGGUACUCGCAUGGAGCAGGAGGGUGGCAGAGCACUAACCUCCGAAGCCAGACUCUGUUAUGUGUGCUCAGGCAGUGUGGAGCAGCUGGUGGAGUGUUGGGCAAAAUGCCACCAGGCUUCAUCCCCCCUGGCUCUACAGGACUUGAUGGAGAAGGUGAUGGUCCUUAAUAGGAGCUUGGAGCUACUCCGGGGUCCUGAUGGGGUGAGCUCAGGCCCUGCCACAACCUGCAGGGUCACUCAGUAUGCCAACCUCCUGGCAGCCCAAGGCAGCCUGGCCACUGCCAUGGGCUACCUACCCAGUGACUGUACUCAGCCACCAAUUCAGCAGCUGAGAGAUCGACUUUUUCAUGCCCAAGGUUCUGGUGUCUUGGGCCAACAGUGUCCUCCUUUCCCCUUCCCACGGGUUGUUGUGGGAGCUACCCUCCACUCUAAAGAAACAUCUUACAGAUUGGAAUUCCGGCCUUCUCACCAGGUUCCAACUCCAUCUCCAAGGCCAAGGAUUUUCACACCUCAGUCAUCACUGGUGACACCCUUGAUACCUUCCCAUCCUGGCCCUUAUCAAAGCUUCCAAACACAGAAUAUAAAUGAUUACAGCGUACCUAAGCCCCAGGCGGCCCAGCCUUUGCCUUUGGGCCCUGGUGUAAGGCCUGCUUUAUUUGAGCCACUGCUGUUAAGAGGGCAAAAAGCCCAAGUUCCUAACCCCAUGGGGUUCCCUGGAACAUGGCCUCUUCCUGGUCCACCUCCACCCAUGGUACCCCCAGAUGUCAUACAGCCUGGCUCUACCUCCCUGGCCGAGACUACUCGACUGUUCCCUCCACUUCCUGUGAGACUACCAGGGGUCACCCCUACAAGCUUCCGGUCCCUAGCCCCUCCUGUCAAUUUCUCUGCGACACACCCUCCAGGAGGGCCAGGUGCUACAUGCUGUAGUGCACUCCCGACCACUGGCCCCUCGACUGCUCACCCAGGACCUCAAGAUUCCUUGAAAAAUGCCCCAGUGCCCAGGGCAGACCUCCAGAGGAAAAAGUUGCCAGAGACAUUUAUGCACCCAGCACCGAUUACUGCUCCAGUUAUGAGCCUCACCCCUGAGCCACGAGGGGUCCUUUCCUCACAGCCUUCUGUCCUUGGUGUGGGCCAUGCUCCCCCAGGAGCUCCAGGAGAAUUCAGCCUGCAGCAACUUCAGCAGCGGCCCCCUGGGAAGGUGGAAAGGAAAGAGCUGCCUCCAGAGCAUCAGUCCCUGAAGACCAGCUUUGAGAAGCUUCUGCGACGCUGCUCCCUGUUUGCCACCGAUAUAAAGACAAAACGGAAGCUGGAUAAGGCAGCCCAACGUCUAGAAUGUCUAUAUGCUAAGCUCUGCCAGGGCACACUCUCGCCUCAUGUCCUGGCUGGGCUCCAUGAGGUUGCCCGAUGUGUGGACGCAGGAGACUUUGAGCAGGGCCUUGCGGUUCAUGCCCAGGUGGUGGGCUGCAGCAACUUCAGCGAGGUCUCCAGCUUCAUGCUUGUCCUGAAGGCUGUCCUCACCAUUGCUCAUAAGCUGCACAUGUAAACCAGGUAGCCUCUCUUGCCAGGAGGCUACUUCUGCUGUUACUUUACUCCUCCCUGCAGAAAAGGGGGAAUUUUGGAAUAGAUUCUGUUUGUUUUUCCCCGCGCUCUUC